CGUGACGGACAUGGGCCACGAAGGGGAAAGAAACACACAGAAAUAGCUUUACUUGUCUGCCAGCCUAGAUCAGUAGAUCACUCUCUCUGUCGUCUCCCAGGCAAUCUCUGUCUUAUCUUUCUUCUUCUCCCGAUUUCGCUGUAUCCCAUUAGUUGUGUCUGUGUUCUGAAUUUAGAUCAGAACUUAGAAAAUUGUAAACAAGAGGGAGAAAAUGAGCGUGAUCGACAUUCUUACUCGCGUUGACGCGAUCUGCAAGAAAUAUGAUAAGUAUGAUAUUGACAAGCAGAAGGACCUCAACGUCUCCGGUGAUGAUGCCUUUGCUCGUCUCUAUGCCACUGUCGAGGCCGACAUUGAAGCUGCUCUUCAGAAAGCCGAGGCCGCUUCCAAGGAGACGAACAGGGCCGCUGCUGUUGCCAUGAACGCAGAGAUCCGUCGAACCAAAGCUCGUUUACUGGAAGAGGUCCCUAAGCUGCAAAGAUUAGCAGUUAAGAAGGUCAAAGGACUCGAAACAGAAGAACUUGUCGCCCGUAAUGAUUUGGUUCUUGCGUUGCCUGAGAGGAUUCAGGCAAUACCAGAUGGUACUGCUACUGCAGUGAAAAAAACCGGAGGGUGGGCAACUUCGGCUUCUCGUACAGAAAUCAAAUUUGACUCAGAUGGACAGUUUGAGAGUGAACAUUUCCAACAAACCGAAGAGUCGAGCCAAUUUAGACAAGAGUAUGAGAUGCGGAAAAUGAAACAGGAUCAAGGCCUGGAUAUUAUAUCAGAAGGGUUGGAUACACUGAAAAACAUGGCACAUGACAUGAAUGAGGAAUUGGAUAGGCAAGUUCCUUUGAUGGAUGAAAUUGAUACAAAGGUUGACAAGGCAAAUGCUGAUCUUAAGAAUACUAAUGUUAGACUUAAGGAUACAGUUACACAGCUGAGGUCUAGUCGGAACUUCUGCAUCGAUAUUAUCCUCUUGUGUAUAAUUCUUGGAAUAUCUGCCUAUUUAUACAAUGUGUUGAAGAAAUGAAAAAUAUAAAUCAAAGGGCUGCUUCAACUGCUUGCUUGAGGGUUUGCUUUGUAUAUUUGUCUUCAGUUCAUUUUCUCUCUCUUGUAUCCAAAUGUCUUUGUUCACUCUUGGAAAACCAGAACCGGCUUUUCUUUGUAAGCUCCAGACUUGGGUGUGUGGAACAUCUUGCAUUCAUAAUGCUUUAAAUUCUUGGUAGUUUGAUGAUGCCACCAUGGUCUAAGCAAAGCUA